AUGGAAUCCAAAAUCACAUCACCACCCCCACCACCAUGCCCCAUCAAGUUUGACCUCCCAUCCUUUAACGGUGAAGACGCACUAGGCUGGAUUUUCAAAAUAACUCAGUUCUUUGACUUCCACAUGACACCACCAGACCAGAGAACACAGAUUGCUUCCUUCUAUCUUGAAGGUCCAGCACUUGCAUGGUACCAGUGGAUGCACAAGAACGUUCUCCUCACGUCAUGGGAUGCCUUUCUCCGUGCAUUGGAACUGUGUUUCGCACCAUCAAAGUUUGAGGAUCCAAUCGCUGCCCUGUGCAAGCUUUCUCAGGUCCACUCUUUCACCGAUUACAUCUCAGAAUUUGAAUCCAUUGCUAACCGCAUCUCCGGUUACCCCGCAAGCUUCUAUCUCAGUUGUUUCAUCUCCGACCUCAAGCCCCAUCUCCGCCGGGAGGUCACUGCCUUACAACCCACCGACAUGCCACAAGCUGUUGCAUUCGCUAAACUCCACGAUGAUAAGUCUAAAAUUCAACCAUUUCCAUUCUCCAAAUUUCCCAGACCACCACCUUCCCCGCCGGUGACUAAACCACUUCCUCCACUCCUUCCUACACCAACCACCAAACUUCCCAUUAAACGUCUUACGGAGGCUGAAAUGCAGGCUCGUCGGGAUAAGAAUUUGUGUUACAACUGUGAUGAACGAUAUACACGUGGCCAUCGUUGUAAGACUCAAUUCCUUCUCCUUGUCGGGACUAAUCAAUCUGACGACAUUGAUCUUCUCCUUGACAUUGAUCCGGAGCCUGACCCAUUGGCUGACCCACCUCUGGAAGCGGGUUUGAUUAGCCUUCAUUCUUUUUCGGGUCAAUGGACCCCGCGAACCUUCAGAACUACUGGGUCCAUCAAUGGCUACGAGGUUCAGAUUAUGGUUGAUAGUGGUGCUACACAUAAUUUUAUCCAAACUAAGGUGGCCCAGUUCUUAAAUCUACACUUGGAGCCCACACCUUGUCCAUUAAGAGUAAUGGUUGGCAAUGGAGACUUUUUGCCCUGCACCACAUUCUGCCCUAAAAUCCCCAUCACUAUUGCUGACCUACAAUUCCCAAUUGACCUCUACCCCUUGGACCUCUCGGGCACUGAUAUUGUCCUUGGUGUUCAAUGGCUAACACAGAUAAGCCCAUUCACCAUGGACUAUAAUGGGCCCUUCAUAAGAUUUAUGUGGGAAAACAAGAUGGUGGAACUUAAAGGAGACCAACGCCCGAAUCCCACUCCAAUAUCAACCCAUCAAUUAAAACGCCUGCAAAACACCAACAGAGUGGAAGCCCUUUUCCAACUCAUUCUAGAACCAACCCCCAAUCUCCACUUUUUUCCCACUUCCACAACACCUUCUUCUGACGCACCUCUACUUCCCUCAACCUCUAUCCCUCCGUUACAAACAUUAAUCACCACAUACUCGUUCCUUUUCUCCACCCCUUCCAGCCCCCCACCAUCCCGCUACCCUGACCAUUCCAUCACCUUACUACCAAACACUUCACCCAUCUCGGUUAGACCAUACCCCUACCCCCCCUUCCCAAAGCAAGAAACUGAGUUACAGGUACAGAAAAUAUGGAACGUGUGGCGCUUCUGCGUUGAUUAUCGUGCGCUCAACGCCGUCACCGUCAAGGACAAAUUUCCAAUUCCCACCAUCGAUGAGCUUUUAGAUGAGUUGGGUACAACAUCAUGGUUUUCUAAGCUUGAUCUCUUCUCGGGUUUCCACCAAAUCCUCAUGAAGCCUAGUGAUUCCUCAAAAACGGCUUUCCGCACCCAUAAUGGUCAUUUCGAAUUCAAGGUGAUGCCCUUCGGUCUGUGCAACGCCCCAUCCACGUUCCAGGCCACUAUGAACGACCUCUUCCGCCCUCACCUGCGUCGUUUUAUCAUCGUCUUCUUUGGCGAUAUACUGGUUUAUAUCUCUACCUUGGAAGACCACAUUCUCCACCUCGAAAUUGCAUUCAAGUUGCUCCUUGAUAACAAAUUCCAUCUCAAGGGGUCCAAAUGUCACAUUGGGCAGCAAUCGAUUCAAUACUUGGGGCAUGUGGUAUCUGCUGCUGGGGUUACACCUGACCCUAUCAAGGUUCAAGCAAUCAUUGACUGGCCGAUUCCGUUAAACCUCAAAUCCCUACGUGGAUUCCUGGGGCUUACAGGCUUCUACCGUCGUUUUGUGAAAAGGUAUGCCGCUAUCGCCUCUUCCCUUACUGAUUUACUAAAGAAAGAUAGUUUCUUGUGGACAGAUCAUGCUACGGUUGCUUUUAAUGCUCUUAAGACAGCAAUUACGUCUGCACCUGUCUUGGCGUUGCCAAACUUCGAUUCUGUCUUCGCAGUUCAAACAGAUGCUUCCGGCACGGGCAUGGGGGCCGUUCUAUCACAACAGGGACAUCCAAUUGCAUUCUUUAGUAAGCAAUUAUGUCCUAAAUUGCGCAAUUCUGUCCUAAAUUGCACAAUUCUUCUACCUACAUCAGAGAGCUAUGUGCCAUUACCUCAGCAGUGCAGAAGUGGCGAAAGUACUUGUUGGGACGCCAUUUUAUUAUUUACACUGAUCAACAAUCCAUCAAAGAUCUCCUCAGUCAAACAGCUCUUACACCAGAUCAAUCCUACUUAA